UGACGUGACGUGGCGAACUCGAUAGCCCGAAGCCCUAUACCAAGCCAACGCCAAGCCCAGCGCCUGAGCGAAAGUAAUAUCAAAAUUAGCUAAGGAGAGAAACUGGAUGUGUUAUUGUAAAUAUCCAUCGAUCAAGGAGCAGAUGAUCUACUAAGUAAUCAUGCCACCAGGUAAAAAGGGAAGACCUCCGGGCUCGAAGAAUAAGACUACUUUUCAAAAUAAAUGCAAUUACUGUUCCCUUCAACUGAAGUGCAAGAGUGAUAUGUUGAAACAUUUACGUGUCUGCAGUCAGAAAUUUAAGGAUCUUGAUCCCAAAAAGGCCGUGUAUAGCUGCACACAAUGCACCAAGAAGUUCAGGUUCGAGAACAGUUAUACCAAACAUCUAAAGAUGGAACAUUCCAAGCUCCGAACUGCAGUGGACUGUAAGCAGUGCAAUGUCCGCUGCCCAAACCACCGAGCCCUUAAAGAGCACAUUGCAAAUGUGCAUGAGCGGGAGAUAUUUGAGUGUGAGCAUUGCAAGAAGCAGUUUGUCAGGCGGGCCCAUGUUUUACGCCACAUUGCUCAAAAAGGCUGUGAUGGAUCAGGAGUUAAAAUGUUCCCUUGUGAAAUUUGCAACGCCUCAUUCACCCGCAAGGACAACUUGAUAGUUCACCUCCGAUUACAGCACAUCAACAAGAACAAUUUCCAUUGCAAACACUGCAGCUACCACACCAAGAACUUCGCCAAGCUGAUCAUUCACACCCAGAAAAAUCACUUAGAACCAAAAAACUAUUAUGAGUGUGAUCACUGUAGCAAAGUGACAAGCUCUAGGGCAGCUAUGGCCAAGCAUUUAGAAAUCCAUGGAGAAAAGAAAUAUGAAUGUGAUGUGUGUGGCUACGCAACUUACACUAUAGAGGUGAUACGUCGUCACGUGCUCGUGCAUGUGGAGGAGAAGCCGUACAAGUGCGCGAUCUGCGGCCAGUCGUACAUCCAGCGCUCGCAGCUGCAGCGCCACCUGGUGAAGCACACCGGCAACAUGUGCGCCAAGUGCGGGGGCACCUUCAGCUCCAAAGCCAGCUUGAUAAUCCACCAGCGCGAGCAUCUGGGACUGGAUAAGCUGCUGUGCCCAUAUGAAGAGUGUCCAUACUCCAAGAAGGAAUUCAGCAGCGAAGCCAGCCUCACCAAUCAUGUGAAGUCUCAUUUAAAUGAGAAACCGUACCAAUGCGCCGUGUGCAAGAAGCGGUUCCACAGCGAGAUCAACCAGCGGCGCCACGUGCUGACGCACCAGCUGGACCGGCCGCGGCGCUGCAUGUACUGCGUGGCGGCGCGGGCGUACGUGCGCGGCGAGCAGCUGGUGAAGCACGUGCGCAAGUGCCACCCUGACCUGUUCCGCGCGCACCUGCAGCACGUGCGCCGCGUGCUCGGCACAAGCAACAAGAUAGACCGAGUGAAGAAAUCAGAACUAGACUCGAUCCUGAACGUGCUGGACGCGGAGUCGGAGCGGAUCCUGCAGGGCUACGGCGAGGGCGUGCUGUACGGCGGCGUGCAGGACGUGGAGCCCGACGAGACUGAGGUGCCGCUCAAGAUAGAAAAGACUGAGAAUCCGCUGAUGUCGGAGGAGGAGCUAGCCGAGAGCCUGAAGAAGUUGCUGACGCAGCUCAUCGACAUGGAGAAACUCGAGUGCUUCGGCUGGCCCGACGAGAGCGUCGACGUGGUCCUAGAAAAAGUGAUAGAGCAAUGCGGCGCGCGCGCCGCCGACCGCUCGCGCUGGACGCGCGUGCAGCGCCUGCGCGAGAACACCAAGCAACUGUUCCUCUACGUGAUCGAGGACGCCAACAUCGCGCGCAUGCUCGACACGCACACCAUCGACCAGAUCGUCAAGCACAUCCUCACGCAGGUCGCAGACACCGACGCCGCAGAAAUAUAGGGAGCGUGCAUCAACUGAACACUCUCCAAAAAGAAAAAGCUCUAUUCAUCGGCGCGAAGCAUUAUGUCAUGUUUCCGUUUUUAAAUUUAAGCCACUAGAUGGCAGAACCUAUUUUGCGAAAUAUAGAGCCAAUGUGAAGUACAGGCAGGCGUGGCUCACUCCGCGAUUUCAUCGCUUUGCUGCAGGUAGCUAAAAGUACAUCCGUUCGACCCCAAUUUUGGGGUUUGCCAUAAGCCGCGCGUGGCGCUGUCGCUGUGUUAGAGAGUGAGUCUUCUGUACCUAGUACUAUUAUUUAUUCUGUGGUACAGGUGGCAGUACGUGCUUAGAAGCAUGAAUGGUUUUCGCUUUCGAUUCAGGUCACGAGGUGGCAGAUCCUCCACGCAUGGUCUUUAUAGACCUUGUGGCUAUAGCGAUAGAGCUUACAGGGCUCGGCACCUGCGGAUCUCUGAUCGCUCUUGAACUGGCGACCUCUAAAUCUACCAUCUUACCUACAUCCUACUAUCUUGGGAUUGUCCUCUUUGACAGACAGUUUUGCUAGCACCACUACGCUAACGUCGAGUGAUUCUGCGACUGGCUUAUCGGGGAUGAUAAUAACGCACGUAUGCUGUACACGCACUCGAUCAGAAUAAUCAGCAUAAGCUGAUGCAGGCCGGGCUUUAGACCUUAUAGCAAUAAGAAUACAGUUGAAAAUGAAUAUCAUAGCAAGGUUGAGAUUCAUUUUAAUCAUUAUUUUAGGGCUAAAUGUGUACACAAUCAUUACAAUCGACCAGAUAUUGUAUGUUAUAUUGUGUAGUGAAUAUUCAGAAAAAUACGCGCAUUUUGUUUUUUUACACCUCUUCAUUAAUAGUGGUUAGUCGUGCUAUGAGGAGUGGCUUAAAAUCGGUUUCCUCUUAGCUUAAUAAUGUCUAAGUUACAAUAAUUGUGCCUUAAAAAGUGAUUUUACUGCAUAUACAUGCCUAUUAUAGACUGUUCUGUCUUAUAGAUAUAAUGAUGACACAUAUUGUUAAUUAUGUUAAGUUUUGCAGUAAAUAAAGGCUGUCUAUCCCAAUAAGUUGUGAACAUAAUAUAUUUUUGCAAUACGUUCGGUGUUUGUAAUCAAAACAAACAUCCUAGACUGUAAUCGAAGUGUUAAGUUUUGUUUUAAGGCUUUUGAAUAAUAAUUGUUUUACUGUUUAAACAUAAAUACCAGACAUGUCUCGAUAUUGAAUUUAAACUGAACGUUUUUAUCGUAAUGCAUGUUUAUGAAUUUUAAAUAUGUUCCAAUAUUAGGAAACAUGGUUGGUGUUGCAAGGUUAAUGAGACAAAAGAACAAAUAAGAUAUAAUAUUAUAAGAAACUACAAAUUACUAUUACCAUGUUGUAUAAGUUAUGUUUAAGGUGAGAUAGUUAAGUUUAUAGUUUUAACUAGAAUCAAUAUAUUUUAAAUAAGAAUAAUCAUUGUUAUAAUAGAAUAUAAAAGAUUACAUUUUAUUGAAAGUUUGGAUAAAGCAAAAUAUUUUAUAAACCUCGUAGAACUAUUCCUCCACUCACAGAUGUGGAUCCAUAUAAUGUGUUUAUUGGGAGCUAUAUUAUCAAUUUAAAAAACCUUGUCUACAUUUAUUUUAAUAGAUAGGUAUAAAUCACUUAUAUCCUUUGCC